AUGUACGAACAUCCAUGGCAUAGUCUCCCACUCCAGCUCGGCGCCUCUUUGGAGAAGUUCAACGAAGCUAUCGCCCACGACGCCCAAUUUCUCGCUUUCGUAAACACUGAAUACAUCAGUAAGCCGAUUUGCUUCGCUAUCAAAUCGGUUGGCAGCGAUGAUGCAAUUCUGUUCACAAUCAAACAAGGCUCUGGACAUGCACGUGUUGGCUUGUUCACCGAUGCAAUCUUCUCUCUUGCUGCCCUUCCCAACCAAUGGAAACAAGUCUUUCAAAAGAACCCUGCAGCACCUUACCAGAGCUUCUGGGGUUUGUAUGGACAGAACAUACGCCAGGAAGGUGUAGAGGUUCUUGGCGACCAGCUGGCCUUUGUCAACUACGCCCAUAUCUGGAGAGCAGUAUUGGAUGUCCUUCAUGAUGCCUACUGUGGUCCGAAUGAUGUUUCUCCGCAGCCGGAACAAGAAGAGGACUUCUUGGUCGGACGGUAUAUUAUUACCGACACGAAGGAAUGGGGCAAGUGUAAGAUCUUCUAUGAGCAGAGCGGCACCGGCCCGCAAGAAAUCGUCUUCCUGCACACGGCUGGCUCGGAUAGUCGUCAAUAUCAUGGGGUCAUGAAUGAUGCCAGGAUGAGAGAAAGAUGUACGAUGAUUGCUUUCGAUCUGCCUUCUCAUGGGCGCAGCUUCCCUAGCCCUGCUUAUGCGGUCGGUGGGCAUUCCAGCUCCGAGGAUGCUUAUUUGCAUUGCAUUGCGGCUGUGAUCAAAUCACUCAAGCUUAAGUCACCUAUCCUCUGUGGAGCUUCUAUGGCUGGUCAAGCGUGUAUCGCUGCGGCUAUUCGUGCAGAAGAGAUUGGGGUCUACGGUACAAUCCCACUGCAAGGGUGCGAGAGAGUUGAGAUGCAUCGCGAAUGGCAUGAUAAAUCUCCCGUUAUCGACAGCGCCACCUUCAACCCAGAGUGGGUUUACGGCAUGAUGUGUCCCACAGCGCCACUCGUGAAUCGAAAGCUUCUUUGGCACACGUACAGUUCCCAGGCCUACGGUAUCUAUCACGGUGAUCUGGAUUUCUACUUUAACGGAUGGGAUGGCCGUGGAAGAGUGGAAACAAUCGACUCCAAGCGGUGCCCUAUAUUCUUCCUCACUGGUGAUUACGAUUGGAGCAACACCCCAAAGAUGUCUGAAGAAACUGCACGGAAAAUUCCUGGGGCAAAGUACAAGACUAUGCCGAAUCUCGGCCAUUUCCCUGCCACGGAGAACCCUCAGAUAUUUGUGUCCUAUUUGCUAGAGGCUAUUGAUCAUAUUGCCUCUACAAUUACACUUUCUGGAUAA